AUGGACCAAUUUGGCAAGCAGUCUCUACACCAGAGAAUACACACAGGAGAGAAAUCUUAUAGCUGUGGUCAAUGUGGGAAGAGUUUUACUACAUCUGCCCAACUGACUCUACACCAGAGAACACACACAGGAGAGAAACCUUAUAGCUGUGAUCAAUGUGGGAAGAGUUUUACUACAUCUGCCCAACUGACUCUACACCAGAGAACACACACAGGAGAGAAAACUUAUAGCUGUGAUCAAUGUGGGAAGAGUUUUACUACAUCAAGCACUCUGACUCUACACCAGAGAAUACACACAGGAGAGAAACCUUAUAGCUGUGAUCAAUGUGGAAAGAGUUUUGGUCGAUCUGGCCAGCUGACAUCACACCAGAGAAUACACACAGGAGAUAAAUCUUAUACCUGUGGUCAAUGUGGGAAGAGUUUUACUACAUCUAGCAUUCUGACUGUACACCAGAGAACACACACAGGAGAUAAACCUUAUACCUGUGGUCAAUGUGGGAAGAGUUUUACUACAUCUAGCUCUCUGACUGUACACCAGAGAAUACACACGGGAGAGAAACCUCAUAGCUGUGAUCAAUGUGGGAAGAGGUACACUGAUAAAAGAUCUCUGAUUAAACAUCAGAAAAUACAUGGAGUUGUUUCAUGAUAUCAAUUAAAUGAUGUCACAAUGUAGAAUGAUGUAACAUUGUAGUAGGAGUAUUUAAAUGAUGUCACAAUGUAGAACCCUAAACGUUUGUCCCCUGUUCUAUUGAUUUCAACAUGAUAUGGAUAUUAGCCUCAGGGGGAAAAUCCAGGCUCUGAAUUGAAAGAGUACUAUUUAUGUAAUUUAACAAAAAGUGACUAACACAAAAAGAGCUGUGUUACACUUACCAUGUUGAUGACCCACUUGAAUCAUAAUGCAACACUUCGAAAUGUAGCGAUCUAUUUUCUACAAAUUGUCCUCUAAUCAGGGAUGUACACAUUAUUCCCAUAUUCUGUGUGUUUUUUGAGCUUUUAGUUUUAACAGGACGCGUAACCUCAUCUCCCUUCUGUUACACAAUUAAUUUUGA